CCUUCACUUAUUUGUGCAUAAUGUAAUUGGGUGCUCAAUAAAAAUAAAAUAAUAAUAAUAAAAAAACACUUUUAACAAAAUAAUAAUAAUAUGACUUAAACAAAUAUGAAUAAUAAUAACUUUUAGAACUCAAAAUAUUUUGGGUUGAAUCGGCCAUGGAACUCUAUCACGUGGAGACCGAUCUCGUGAGAUUUAAGAGUAGCGUGGUUUAAAAAAAAAAAGUAAAAAAGCUUAGUCCGAUCAGCUAACAUUUCUCCAAAAGGUGGGUUAAAUUAAAAACAAAAUGAAUACGAUUACAUUCGGGACCACCAGUGAACCACUUCGGAUUGCUGCAGCUUGGAGAGACCAAUCAGCAGAGGAAUUUGAUGAUAGGGGCAAUAUUGACCCAAAUCGACUUCUACAAUGCCCCUUUGAUAAAAAUCACCAAAUUAGAGCCUGCCGUUUCCCUUACCACCUCAUCAAGUGUCGCAAGAAUCACCCCAAACUGGCCAAUGAGCUGAAGACCUGUCCAUAUAACGCCUAUCAUCUGGUCCCGAAGCAUGAGCUGAACCACCACACAGAAACUUGUGAAAACCGGAUAACUUUAGACACUGUGGAUGAUGCAGUUACAAACGGUAAUCAUUGGCAGGUUCCAGUCAGCACAUGGGUGAAUCCCAACCCUAUGGAGGACUGGGAUGCAGAAGCUGAGGAUCAAGUGGUUUGUUUUGUGUGGGGUGAAAACACUGCUGUGAAUGCCAGACGAGAAAUGAGAUCCACAAAUAAUCUUGGACCAAGUUGUAGAGUACCCGACACCCUGCCCUGGUCAAGCUUCAAGCUGGAGUAAACUGCAGUAUGCAUGCUUCACUAAGUCUUUGUAAAAGUAAUCAGUGUUUGUCUGUUACAUUUUAUAUCUUAGUACUGGAUACAUAACAUUAAUGGGACUGGAGUUUUUUUUUUUUAUUGCAUGCCUAACUCCACAAAACCAUUAUAGGUUGUUUCAUGCAUGUUUUAUUAAAAUCUACUGGUGGUGUCUUAAAAUCUGGGACAUUUCUACAUACUAAGAGCAAUCAUUUUAUGACCUGAAACAGGACAGUAGUUUAUCUAGAGAGGGAGUCUAAUUACUUGUGUGUAAAUUAGCCAUAUCAUACUAAUGGGGAAACCAUGUUUGAAGUUCACAUGUUUUUGUUUUGAAGUCUAAGGGAGUUGACUGGGAGAAUGUGUUGUCAGAUGGACUUUGUUGUUCUAUUGCAUGACUGUUAGAUGGCGCUGUUGUAUUAGAUUGGCAGCCUCAUUUCUUUAUAGAACUGAGUCAGCUUUUCAGUUUGUUUAAUAGCCCUGUCCUCUCCCUUAUAUUAAAACAUUAUUUGAUUUGGCAGUUCCAGUUGCAGUUCUUGUCUUAAAUUUGAGCUAAUGUUGUGGUUUGGUUCUAUAGGAGUUUGGAUGACCUCUUCAUCCACCUCAUAUAAAAUCAGGCUGAAUAUGUAAUAUAUUAGUACCUGUUAUUGCUACUUUGCCGCUGAUGUCACCAACAUUCCCUGGGGGUGUGAUGCUAAGUGUAACUCUCAGGCUUUAUUAGACUGUACUCUUUAUUUUAACAUAAUCUAACCAGAAAGAACUGACUUGGCUAGAACUGGAGAGCUGAUUUGUGCUGUUUAAUAAGCUCCUGUCAAAUAACAUUAAAGUCAUAAGCUAGCUAGCAUUA